UUUGAUAUAGUCACACAGCUUUCUAAAGAUUAAACAUAUCAUUAAAAACGGCUUCGUUUUAGGUGUUCCUCUCACCAAACCCUUUUCCCCGAUUAUCUAAACAAACCUCAACCAUCUCCAUCGUGUCAUCAUCUUCAUCUCUCUCUCUCUCUCUCUCUCUAUAUAUAUAUAAUAUAUAUGUAUCGACGUCUUCAAAAAGCUUCAACUUAUUUUAUCACUAAUGGAACCAAUCACGUUCACCAGAGAUCUUCCAUUGUUCUUCUCAAUCUUCAUCUUCGUUUAUCUUCUCGGUUACUUAUUCAUUUUCAAAAACUGGACUCCAGAGUCUCGUCCUCUCGCUUCCAGCUGUUUAAUCUCCCUCCUCCACGGCGUCUCCGCCGUAUUCCUCGCCGGAAAUGCCUUGUUAUCCGAUCCUAACCGCGGUUUCUCCUCCGCCAACACCGAUUCUCAAAACUCCGUUCUCGAUUUCAGCUCCGCUUAUUUCUUCGCCGAUCUCCUCCACCUCGCCGUGUUCCCGUCCCCAGCCGGCGGAGACACGCUCUUCGCCGCUCACCACGCCGCCGUGCUCUUCGUUUUCCUCACCUGCCGUUAUUUGGUCGCCCACGGCGCGUGUGCUCUCCUAGCCCUACUCGUCGUCGCCGAGGCCACGAGCGCGUGCCAGAACACGUGGACGCUCGCGGAUGCGCAUGGUCCAGACGCGCCACUCGCGGUGCGUUUGCGCCGUUUCGUGACGCUGCCGUUUUACGCGUCGUAUAGCGUCUGCAGGUGCGUCCUGGCGCCGCUGCUUAUCGUUAAGAUGACGUGGUUUUACGUCAGCGGAGGCGCUGAUGACGUCAUACCAAGAUGGGUCUGGGUCUCGUGGACCGUCGUUAUUGUCGUUGCCGCUACCGUUAGUAUCCUUUGGAUCUGGAAUUUAUGGGUAAUCUUUUUUCAGGAAAGAUAUUCCAAAUUUACCAAAAAAGUUGAAUAAAAGUUCAUAGAAUUUUAGAUUUGUUAUCUAAUUUGAGCGUAAAAUAAUAUCACCGAAUCAAAUUGUGUUCAAUCUUUUUAUAUUUAUUACUUAAUUUAAAGCGUGAA